AUUCGCAACUUCCCGCCAAGCGGCGAUUUCAAAAGUGGCUGUCGCUGCCAAUGGCGCGCGAUUUCUGUUGGCCAGUGUUUACAUUGAAAACCGUUAAUGACGAGAGAACAUGUUCGAGUGUUGACUAAUUUGACGUAUAAAUUGUCAUCGUGUUGAUUCAAGAAGGACUUACCGAAGUUUAAACCCGAGUUUAAAGAAGUGCGAACAAUCAUGGCUACGGGAGUAAACUCUACCGUUGGUAAACCGAGCCAACAACCGGCUGGAGGGAAUCAUGCCGUGGCAAAAAGGUUACAGUCAGAACUGAUGGGUCUUAUGAUGACUCCAGAAGCGGGAGUAUCAGCUUUCCCUGAGAGCGAUAUGCUUUUUCGUUGGGUCGGCACAAUUGAAGGGCCCGUAAACAGCGUGUAUGAGGGACUCUCGUAUAAACUCUGCCUUGAGUUCCCACCGGACUAUCCUUACAAACCUCCAAAAGUGACAUUUACCACGGCAUGUUAUCAUCCAAAUGUGGACAGCUCGGGUCGAAUAUGUUUAGAUAUUCUUCGGGAUCAGUGGAGCGCGCUACUAGAUGUCCGGACAAUACUAAUAUCGAUCCGGUCGUUACUGUCAGAACCCAAUAUUAGUUCACCAAUGAAUGUACAGGCAGCGGAUCUCUGGUCCAAUCAGGAACAGUAUAGAAAAACAUUGUUGGAGAAGUACGAACGUGAAGUCCGUAUGGCGGCGAAAACAGCGAAAUAGCUCGAGUAGUUCUGUCAUAUAGCAGGCAUCACAUAUUUUCACCAGUACCAGUUAUUACGAAAUGAUUUUCGUAAAGGAUCUACAUGACCACGCUGUGUCUUCAUCUCACCUGGCUUGCACUCCACUGGAAAACCUUAUAACGAACUUUAUCUUCUCAAUCGAUUGUUCGCUCUGCUGGUCAAUACAAAGUAGUAACGUGCCGUUGUGUUCCAUAGAUGGGAGAGGCCGGGCCAAAGAAGUGUUAAAGACCAGAUGAGUUUGUAUAAGCUUCCUAUAUAAUAAAAUAUUCAACUAGGAAAACUGUUUCCCUUGUAGUAACAUUAUGCAUAUAACGUAUAUAAAACAUCUCACGUUUAUAAUUGUAAUCCCGACUUCAAACGGGUAAAACGGUCGAAACCACAAGUAAUAGAUGAUAAUAAACAAUGGUGAUAAUUAUGAAAGUCA